AUGGAUGAAGAUGGCCUCAGAGACUACCUUCCGACCUCAUUCGGAGCCACGGGAGGCGAGUUCGACGUCAAUGCUCAAAUUGAAACUGCCAGGCGGAAAGUACCUGGUCUACCAGAACGCAAGCCCGACUCACCGGCAAGUUCAAAGGGCGACCCAGAUUCCGACGACUCCUCAGACAAUGACUCUAACGACGAGGACGAAUAUCCCGUAUCGCAUGAGAUUGUCUUCAAGACCCACACCCGACCCGUCACGACAGUUACUGCGGACGCGUCGGGAUCGAGGAUGAUCACCGGUUCAAUGGAUUGCACGAUCAAGUUGCAUGACUUCGCGUCAAUGGCGCCUAACACGUUACGGGCCUUCAAAUCUGUCGACCCUACCUUCGUAAAGGGCUCUGCAAAUUCGGAGACUCAUCCCGUGCACGUCGCCAAGUUCAACCCCAACUCACCAAGUCAAGUUCUUGUCAUCUCAGCCACUCCUCAGGCCAGAAUCUUGUCUCGUGACGGCGAAACCACGACCGAGUUUGUCAAGGGCGACAUGUACCUGCGCGACAUGAACAUGACGAAAGGCCACAUCAGCGAGAUUACCAGCGGCACGUGGCAUCCCCACAACUAUGACCUAUGCGUGACCGCGGGAACGGACAGCACCCUCCGGAUAUGGGACGUCAAUGUGCGCAACCGGCAGAAGAACGUGAUUGUGCACAAAUCCAAAUUGGCAGGCUCGGCAGGUCGAAGCCGCAUGACUGCCGUGGCAUGGGGCAGUCAAGUCGACGGUGGCAACAGCCUUCUCGUCGCUGCUGCUCUGGACGGCUCCCUGCUGAUAUGGGGAGGGGAUGGGCCGUAUUCCAGGCCGAGCGGCGAAAUCAACCACGCUCACACCAGCAACACGUGGACGAGUGGCGUCGGCGUGAGCCCCGAUGGCCGUCUGAUCGUGACCCGAGGGGGCGACGACACGAUCAAGCUGUGGGACACGCGCAAGUUCAAACAGCCCGUCAACACGACCUCUCACACGUCGACGUCCAGUCAAUACCCGACCUCGAACAUCCUGUUCGCUCCCAACUCGUCGUCCAUCAUCACCGGCUCCGAGACGGGCGAUCUCUACAUCCUCAACCCGGCGACCUUGAAGCCCGAGCUCGUUACGCCAAUCACGCCCGGAUCAGCCCUGAUCAGCGUGCUUUGGCACGACAAGCUCAACCAGAUCAUCACGGGCAGCGCCAACGCCGAAACACAUGUCCUCUUCAACCCCGAGAUCUCGGCCAAGGGAGCUGUAACGGUCAUGUCCAAACCACCGAAGCGUCGACAUAUCGACGACGACCCAACUCUCACCACGGACAUGUCACAGGGCGUAUCCGCCGACGCGAUCGUCAACCCCGGCACGGCAAGCGAGGCCAUUAAGGGGAGUACAUAUGCAUCUCGACACCCGACGAUCGGACUCACCGCGUCAGGCAAAUCGCGGGACCCGCGACGGCCGCACAUUCCCGCGUCGACCCCGUUUGCCAAGAGCCAGCCGGAUGAGAAGCACAUCAAGGAACGCAUCCCGCUGAGUUCGAUGAGGGAAGAGGAUCCGCGCGAGGCACUACUCAAGUAUGCGGACAAGGCGCAGAAUGAUCCCAUCUUCACGAAUGCGUGGAAAAAGACCCAGCCAAAGACCAUCUACGCGGAUCUCAGUGAUGAGGAUGAGGACCAACAUGGACCGCAGAAGAAGAAGCAGAAAACGUAG